AUGGGCUUCCAACUACCUUCAACCGUCGGCCGCGUCGUCGCCGUACUCGGUGGCGGCGUUUUGGGUCGACGAAUAGCCUGUAGCUGGGCGGCCAGCGGCUACGACGUCGUCAUCCGCGAUCCCAGCCCGGAGCAGAGGGCCGCAGCGGUGCAGUACUGCAACACCAGCAUGUCGGACUACUCAGAUUCGGCCAAGCGCGGCACCGUGCAGGCCCUGGACGACCUGGAAAAGGCUGUCGAGAAGGCAUGGCUGGUUGUCGAAGCGGUCCCCGAGAAACUGGACCUGAAAAUAUCCACCUUUGCCGACCUAGAAAAGCUCACGACGCAAGACGCCCUCCUUGCCUCCAACUCGUCCUCGUACAAGUCUCGAGAAAUGGUUGGGCAUCUCCAAAGAGAGACGAGGCGGCGCGUUCUGAACAUGCACUACUAUAUGCCGCCGGGAAACCGCAUCGUCGAGUUGAUGACGGACGGCGAGACUGACGAGACCAUCUUCCCCUUCCUAGUGGACAAGCUUAAAGAAACCGGUAUGCAUCCUUACGUGGCGCACAAGGAGUCCACUGGUCUCAUUUUCAACCGCAUGUGGGCUGCUAUCAAGCGCGAGGCCCUGAGUAUCCUCGCCGAGGGUGUGGCAACACCGCAAGAGCUGGAUGGCCUCUGGCUCGAGAUGUGGUCUGGAAGUCAGACCGGGCCGGUGGCCAUGAUGGACCAGAUCGGCUUGGACACUGUCGCCUUUAUCGAGCAGCAUUAUGUUGCGGAACGUAAGUUGUCCGACCAGCCUCUCAAGUUCCUGCAAAAGUUCCUCGACGAGGGACGACUGGGAGCCAAGUCUGCCAAGGGCGGGCUUCUUCCUCCCCAGCAGGCGACUGGGCCAGCACACCACUUCGGCGACAGCGGCAACAUCCUCGAUCCUACCCUCUAUGUCCUCGAUAUUGGCCUCUCUGCUUCCAACCCUCUUGAUGCCCCGAACGCAGGCCGCAUCAUGGUUGGCUCGCCGGACGGGAGGCCCUUUCGGACUCUGGUGUCAAACCAGCACAUGCCUGACGGUAUUGACAUCUCAACCUCGGCCAAGAAGCUCUUCUGGACCAGCAUGGGGAAUCCGUCUCAACCAGACGGCGCAGUUUUCAGCUCCAACCUCGACGGGAGUCAUGUCAAGGAGAUUGUUCCGCGCGGCUCGGUCCACACCCCGAAGCAGCUCACCAUCGACCACAAGAACUCCAAAAUCUAUUUCGGAGAUCGGGAGGGUCUCAAGAUUUGGCGGUGCAACUUUGAUGGCUUCGGCCUGGAAACGCUCAUCCAGAACGGAGACUGGCGGAACGACGAAGAAAAGGCCGACCAGAUGAGGUGGUGUGUUGGCGUGGCCGUGUCGCCAUCAACGGGUAAAUUCUACUGGACUCAAAAGGGCCCUUCAAAGGGGAACAAGGGGCGGAUAUUCCGGGCCAAUAUCGAUUUCCUGCCGGGAGAAGGAGCCGGCAACCGGACGGACAUCGAGGUCAUGUUCCAAAACUUGCCGGAGCCCAUCGACCUGGACAUUGACGAGGCCGCCAACGUGCUCUACUGGAGCGACAGGGGCGAGCUUCCCACGGGGAAUAGCAUCAACUCGGCAAGGCUCGACGCGGCCAGGCCUGUCCAGGGCAAUGCCACGAGCGUGCCGGGCAGGGACUACACGCUCCUUUCUCGCGAUUUGCACGAGGCCAUCGCGGUCAAGCUGGACUUGAAAAAGGGGCACGUGUACGCGACCGACCUCGGCGGCAGCAUGUACAGGCUCGACGCGGACGGUGGACACAAGACCCGGAUCUACGACGGCGUCGGAGCUCUUUCCGGCCUGGCGCUUGCGUACUUUUAG